AUGUGUGACGUUUUCUAUGUCGGCGGUAAGUACAUACAAGAUGAUCGGGGGACACACAUGACCGGCCAAAUUUGCGUGCGUCGAUAUGGCAGGCAGGUGGACAACCGCCCUGCAAUCAUCUAUAUCCACGGAGCAGCGCAAACAGGCACUCACUGGGAAGCCACACCUGAUGGCCGACCGGGCUUGGCCUUGCUGCAGGCACAAAAGGGGUGGGAAUGCUACGUUGUCGACCAGCCCGGCGUUGGCAGAUCUCGGUACCAUGCCGACGACUUGGGAAUACUCACCCACUACACGGUAGAGGAGCUGGAAGAAUGCUUCACCUCGCCGCCGCACGAGUCAUUUCCCCAGGCAAACCUGCUUACGCAGUGGCCGGGCUCGGGAAAGAAAGGCGAUGCCAUCUUCGACGCCUUUUAUGCAAGCCAAGUCGGACAUCUGGCGAAGUACAAGGAUGUGGAAAGGGCUUUUCGUCCUCUUGCAAAAGACCUUUUUGCUCGCACAGGGCCAGCCUUCCUGGUCACGCACUCCCAGUCUGGCCCUAUUGGCUGGCACAUUGCAGAUGAAUGUCCAGAGAUGGUGCGUGGUAUCGUGGCCCUGGAGCCAAAUGGGCCUCCUUUCACCUACCCCGGCUUACCCCGAUUCUACGUCCGAACGCAAGGGACAAAAGCCGGCACUUUCGUGCGCCCGUAUGGCAUAACUUCAACUCCAUUGACCUACGAACCCCCAUUGCCGAGCGGUGUGAGCCGACUAGAGUUUACGCAGGGCUCAAACAAGAUCGGAGAGGACGGUCUCUUCGAUGGUGCGAGGCUAAAGGUGCCAGCACCUAGGCUACCUAACCUAGCUGGUGUGCCUACAUUGGUGGUGACCGCAGAAGCCUCAUACCAUGCGACAUACGAUCAUCUCACAGUGCUGUUCUUGCAGGAUGCCGGUGUGCCGGUGGAGCAUGUAUACCUUGCAGACAAAGGCAUUCGCGGCAACGGCCAUCUUUUGGCAAUCGAGAAGAACAACGAGGAGAUUCACCGGUUUGUCGAUGACUGGAUCACGCAAACAAUAGAAAAGAUCGGCACAUAG